AUGCACCUAGCUUUCCCUGCAGCAGCAGCAGCAGCAACAGCAACAGCAACUGCAGCAACUCCAGCAGCAACAGCUGCAACGCCAAGAGAUGUAGCAGCAGCAAUAAAGGCAACAAAUGCACAGCAGCAGCACAAAAAAAAGCAGCAACAACAAGAAAAACAGCAGCAGCAGCAGCAACUGCAGCAACAGCAGCAACAGCAGCAACUGCAGCAGCAGCAACUGCAGCAACAGCAGCAACAGCAGCAACUGCAGCAGCAGCAACUGCAGCAGCAGCAGCAGCAGCAGCAGCAGCAACAAUGA